AUGAAUCUCAACCCGGCGAAAUGUGCUUUCGGAAGCGAGUCUAGGAAAUUCUUGGGCUUAGUGGUCUCGGAGUGGGGAAUAGAGGCCAAACCGAAGAAGGUGGAAUCCGUACUAAAUAUGGCCCCACCUCAAAACACUAACAAUGUACAAAGACUCGCUAACAGAGUGACAACCCUCAAUUGGGACCCAAAAGCCAAUAUACAUGACUUCAAGGGGACCCAGAAGCCAGUGUAUUACACCAAUCGCGCUUUUCAAGGAGCAGAAGCAAGGUACCCCCGCAUGGAUCAACGUGCCUUCACCCUGGUUUUCAUCGAUGGCUCAUCCCGCCAAGCUGGAGGGAGAGUGGGGGUGCAUAUUGUUACAGACGCCGGAGAGGAGUAUGACUAUGCCAUCAAAUUGGCAUUUAAAACCACAAAAAACGAAGCAGAGUACAAGGCACUAGUAACCGGCCUAACAAUCACCGAGUCCAUAGGCAUUGAUAAGGUGGAAUUGAAGGCCAACUCCCAAGUGGUUGUCAACCAAUUGCGGGAGGAGUUUACCAUGAAGAGCGAAAAGUUGAAGAAGUGCUUGACGCUAGUCGGGGAUACGUGCAACCACUUUCGAUACUUCCAGAUCCAACAAAUAUCAAGAGCCGAGAACUAG